AUGUAUAUAAUUAUAACAAUAGGAAUUACUCUAGCAUUAUCUUUAAUUAUUCAACUUACAAAACUCAACCCUACCAAAAAGCUAUUUCUUUUAGAUAUAUUUUUGGUCGUCUUAAUAGGAAUGAUUAUUUAUGAUGAAUUUAUUCACAAAUUUGAUGAUUUUGAAGAAUAAUUAUAAAAUGCAUUCUAAAAAUAAUAUCCUAUUGAAUACAAAUUAGAUGAAUUGAUAUAAAAAAAUAAUUUAUAAGAUCACUCAUAUCAUUUAUAUUAUGGAAUACAUUCAGAUGGAAUUUCAACUUUCUUAUAAUUCAUGAUUAAUCAAUCGUUAAAACAAAAGAAACAAGCCAUUUAUAUUGAUAUUUAAUCAGAAGUUUUAACAUAUGAAUAGGCAGUAUAAUUAUUUAAAGCUCCUAACAUGAAUGAAUUAAUUCUUUUUACAAAACUUAAACCAACAUUAAUUGUAAUUGAUAAUCUUGAUUUAUCAAUAAAUAAAAAAUAUUGCUAUAUAUGUUAAAUAUUAAGUAAUUUACAUUAAUCUAAUUCAACUACAAUUAUUGCAAGUGCUAAAAAUCUAAAAAAACUUAAUUUAAUGUUAGAUGAUUAUAAUAUUAAUGUUAUGGAGGUAAAGUAAUUUUAAAAUGGAAAAUAAAAUAAUUUUAGGUAUGAUUGGUAUGAAAUAUCAACAUAAAAUAAUAAAAGAUAUGAAGGUAUAAUUUUUAAUAUUAUUUUUAGAUUUUGUAAUCUAAAAAUAAAAAGAGUUUGUUUCAGAAUUAAGUGAAGAUGAAUUAAGUUUAAUGAAAGCAAUUCGAAAUUUAAUGUGUAAAAUUAAAUGUGAAAAUUAAGAAAUUAGAAUGGAUGAUAUGUAUAAAUGAAUUAAAAUUUUAGAACUUUUUAAUAUAGAGAUUUAAAGAGUUUGAUAGAUAAAAAUAUUCUAAUAGCAAUUUUUGGAUAAUUAAAAUUUUAUAAUAGCUUUAUAUUUGAUUCAUUAUAAAAUUUAUGA